CGUGUUUUCCUCCGAUCAAAAUGAAACUGCUUUUUGCUUCUUGGUUUUUAUCCUUUCUAAGUUUAUCAUUAUGUGUCACCGAAUUGAAACUUCCAGAUACUCCUAAACAAUCUGGAGGACCUCUUUUUAUAGGGAUCCGUAAGGCAAGCAACAAAGCUCACCUCUGUUGGGCUAUUAAAGUGGCUCCAACUGCAUUUGCAACGGAUCUAGAGUGUUUGAAAGGAUUUAACAAAACUCAGCUGGUUCUCGUUUACGGAGACAUUCAACCCUCAACCAAGGAGCAAAAGUUCCUCAAGCAAAAAGUAAAUCAGCUCAACAAACGUUGCCGCCACGAUAUUGAAACUGUUGCCUUACUGGUGGAAAACAGGCAAUCGAUCAUGUUCAAAACGGUUCUCAACUACAUUGCCUCGUACAGUUUGUUGCAAACUUCGGAACGAUGCCGGGAAUGUGGAGUUCUUAAAAUUCAACGACGGCUCAAAUGUUCGGUUUCGAAUGUGGCCAUCGUCUACAACAAUUGCAUCCAACAUUUUAUUUCGCCUGUUGAACGUCGAAAGACUAUUCUGGAUCCUGUCAGACUUGAACAAAUGAAGAAAAACGUCGACGAGGCUCUAAGAAACUACUGGAAUCAGCGCCGUCAGGAUGCAGGGCUGUUCUGGAGUUUAUACCCGCAAGUAUAAGUUUGCUAUAAAAAUAUGUAGAUAUCGAAAAAAUUGUUUAUCUCCAUAAUUAUGAGUAAAUAUACACAAACAGUAAAUAUACUCCAAAUUGGAUCGGGCCCUCGAUUCAUUAUUUUACUAACAUCCGACAAAAUUUGACAG